ACUGACAAGGUUGCAGGCAAGCUGAGUUCUACUCUCUCAUGGGUGAAGAACUCCGUGUCACACACGGUUAGUCAGAUGGCUAGCCAGGUCGCCACCUCGUCUAGCCAGGUGGCAACGGUGCCCUCGUCCCUGCAGACCACCACAGCCGCCUCCUCAACAUCCCUCUCCCUGUCUCCCACGUCGGCAUCGCCCGCUAAGCUCAGCCCAGAUGAACUGGAGCUGCUUGCCAAGCUGGAGGAGCAGAACAGGUUGCUGGAGACGGACAGUAAGUCCCUCCGCUCUGUGAACGGCUCCAGGAGGAACAGCGUCUCCAGCCUGGUGUCCAGCUCCUCGGCCUCCUCCAAUCUGUCUCACCUGGAGGAGGACUCCUGGAUCCUCUGGGGACGCAUCGUUAACGAGUGGGAGGACUUCCGCAAGAAGAACGAGAAGCAGCUCAAGGAUCUGGUCAGAAAAGGGAUCCCCCAUCACUUCCGAGCAAUAGUAUGGCAGUUGCUAUGCAACGCCCAGAACAUGCCAAUCAAAGACCAGUACUCUGAGCUGCUGAAGAUGACAUCACCAUGUGAGAAGCUGAUUCGCCGGGACAUCGCCCGGACGUAUCCUGAGCAUGACUUCUUUAAGGAGGACAGCUUGGGACAGGAAGUACUCUUCAAUGUUAUGAAGGCCUACUCUCUGGUGGACCGGGAGGUCGGCUACUGUCAGGGAAGUGCUUUUAUCGUCGGACUGCUUCUCAUGCAGAUGCCAGAAGAGGAGGCAUUCUGUGUGUUUGUGAAGCUGAUGCAAGACUACAGACUGAGAGAACUGUUCAAGCCCAGUAUGGCUGAGCUUGGUCUCUGCAUGUACCAGUUUGAGUAUAUGAUCCAGGAACUUCUCCCAGACCUCCAUAUCCACUUCCAGGCCCAGAGUUUCCACACCUCUAUGUAUGCCUCUUCCUGGUUCCUCACCAUCUUCCUCACCUCAUUCCCUCUCCCUGUUGCCACCAGGAUCUUUGAUAUCUUCAUGUUAGAGGGUCUGGAGAUAGUGUUCCGUGUGGGGCUGGCCAUCCUACAGAUGAAUCAGGCAGAACUCAUACAGCUUGAUAUGGAGGGAAUGUUACAGUACUUUCAGAGGGUCAUUCCCCACCAGCUGGAAAGUGGACCAGACAAGGUCAUCCUGGCUGCUUAUAAUGUCAAGUACAACGCCAAGAAGAUGAAGAAGUUGGAAAAGGAAUACACUACAAUCAAAACUAAGGAGAUGGAGGAGCAGGUGGAGAUUAAGAGGUUGCGCACAGAGAACCGACUGCUGAAACAGAGGAUAGACACACUGGAGAAAGAAAGUGCUUCAUUGGCAGAUAGAUUGAUCCAGGGACAAGUGACGCGUGCCCAGGAGGCAGAGGAGACCUACCUGGUCAUGCGGGAGCUGGCCACGGUCAGGCAGCAGAGCGAAGAGGCCACAGCUCAGCUGGAGCUAGCACAGAGCACCAUCAGGGAUCUCCAGCAGAGACCCCUAUUGAAGGGCAUCCCGCGCUACACAGAGGAGUCCAUCCUGCAGUUGGAGAGAGAGCUGGUUCAGGCCAGGCUAAAGGAGGCUGAGUCCCAGUGUGCCCUCAAGGAGAUGCAAGACAAGAUCCUGGACAUAGAGAAGAGGAACACAUCUCUGCCAGAUGACACCAACGUGGUGCGGUUGCAGGAAGAGCUGAUAGCAGUGAAGCUGAGAGAGGCUGAGGCUGUGAUGGGGCUGAAGGAGCUCAGACAACAGGUCAGAGACCUGGAGGAGCACUGGCAGCGUCACCUGGCGCGUACGGCAGGCCGCUGGAAGGACAACCCUAGGAAGAAUGCUGUGUCUGAGCUGCAGGAUGAGCUGAUGAGUGUCAGGCUACGGGAGGCUGAGGCCCAGGCAGAGCUCAGAGAGACACGUCAGAGGAUGAUGGAGCUGGAGACACAGAACCAGAUCCAUAGCAACCAACUGCGUCGGGCGGAGCAGGAGGGGCAGGGCUUUCAGGAGCGUGUGACUGUGCUGACAGCCCAGAAUAAGGGCCUACACAUUCAGCUGCAGGAGAUCAAACGCAAACAGGCAGAGAUUGAGUGCAAGAACAAGGAGGAGGUGAUGGCGGUGAGGCUGAGAGAGGCUGACAACAUCGCUGCCAUGGCCGAGCUGCAGCAACAGAUCUCUGAACUGGAGAUACAGAAAGAAGAAGGGAAGGUCCAGGGCCAGCUGAACAACACAGACUCCAGUCAGUACAUCAGAGACCUGAAGGACCAGAUAGCUGAACUCAAACAUGAGAUCCGCUGCCUAAAAGGCCAGAGGGGGAGCAGCAUGUCCAAUCAGCCCGCUUUUGAUGGGAUCCACAUUGUCAAUCACUACAUACCAGAUGACGAGUCGUACCACUCCUCGGACGAAGACACAGGUGUAGGCAAGACCCCCUCCCACCUGGACCAUCAGCACAGCAGCAUCAGCCGCAUCAGGCUGCACCCCUCCCUGGGUCUUGGGGACACUGACAGUGAGGGGGAUGAUGAUGGGCAGGGUCUGGUUCUCUCUGUGCCUCCCAUUGGCACCCACAAACACACCACCGUGUGACUGGGUGAUGGGCACCAUCGCUAGACGCCUGGUGGCUGAUCAGGGCAGUUCUGAUCUGGUACAGUGGGAGAGAGGGGUUGUCCAAGGUAGCAAGCCACUCUUCAGGAGAAUGGCGUCUGACUGUCUGUGGGACUCCAAUGUAGGGAGCUCCUUUCGAUGGAAUCUUUGGACGCUUGGAAUGGAAUGUGUGGGCUUUGUCAACAAGUGAAGUCGCAGCAGAAUCGCACCUGUGGUGGAGUUGGUUGUUUUCUUUGUGUGUUGCGUCAGUCUGCUUUACUCUUGUUUUUCCAAAACCCACCUGAAGAGGAUCAUAUCAGUGUGUUGCUCUGGUCUGGACCCCAGGCAGACAGAUCAGAGAAGGACAACAUGGAGGUUCAAGUAGCCUCCUGAGCUCCACGGAGCUAGGCUGACCACCAGGGGAGUGGACUGGGGUUACCCCGUCCAGGGUGACCCCACCCAGACAACCAAACUACAGGCACUCCCUCAGCCCCACAACCAACCAUGGUAAUACAGACACAACACAGAGACUGUGCAAUAAAAUGUUUUAUGCUUUAUGAUGACUAUGACACUUCUUUCAAUCAGUUUUUAUUUUUUUAUCGCUUUUAUAAGUGAACAAUCAAUAAUGUACAGAGCCCUUUUGUGUGGGUGUCUGUAUUAUAUCAGGAGAGAAUAAUGUACUGAAGAGUGAUGAAUGUCUCUAUUGAACAUGGUUAAUGAGCCCCAGUAUCAAACAAAGUGUCAACAAGCAUUAGGGUUGUAUUCACUAGACACCAAACAAAGGAGGGAAAAAAAGGACCAAAACAGGGAGGGACUAGUGUAGUACCUGUUUUUAACAGCUGAUAUGUCCCCCAUCAGGGGACUACAUACUAAAUAGAUUUUUAGACCAAGGAGUCGGAAAUGGAGCUUGCAGUAUCUCCAGGAACGGUGUACCACUUCUCUCUCUCAAAAAAAAAAAAGAAACAUGUUUUUGUUUCAAAACUUGCCGUUUGCAACAAUGUGCACUAAUGAAUACGACCUAGGUUGAUAUAAUGUUGGCUUUUUGGCCUUGAGACAUACCUGUCUAUCAUCAGGCCUGGUAUAGGCCUAUCCAAAGGUCAAUUUGAAUCCUGUAUACUCCGUAUAUAUGUAAUUGUUUGUUUUUCAUGUCCAUUUUGACUUGAAAAUAUGUAUCUAAUGAAUUAUUGCAUAUCUGUUUCAUGUAGGAUGCGGCUGAAAGGGACAUAUCACUCUAGUUUUGUCAAGACGCACAGAUAACUGAUUAGCAGACAUUUCUUUCAGACGUGGGCUGCGUUCCAAUUCUCCACCCUUUUCCAGAAGUGAGCACUUCUUCACUUCCUCAUGCAUUUAAAAGCAUUGGAUUGGUGCAAGCAUGGCUGAAGGGAGUUUCCACCAUAUUCCCUACACCAGUGCAUUUCUUUUAUAUCUAUGAGGAGGAGUGUACUCUAAGGGAAAGGGGUAGACUAUGGGAACGUAGCCACAGUCUCAAUGUACUGUAGAUGUUUUCAUAUAUUCUACUUUUCUCUGUUGGGAUGAUCUUACUUUUGGAGGAAGGACUGAUUUAGGAUCACUUCAUAAUUUCAUAGAUUAGAAUACGUUUCAGCAUGUUGGUUAAUGGAAGCAUGUAACUAGUUUAUUAAGUAAACCAGCCCAGAUUUAGAUGGCUGAUUUUGAAAUACUGCUAUUUCUAAAGUGGGCAUAUUGAUCUUUAAAUAAAUAAGAAUUAAGGGACAUAAUGUAUGAGAACUGUAAUCUGAAUCUUGUAUGAACAUAAAUAAUGUUAAACAGAAGUAUUGCUAUGUUGUACUUUUGCACGAAAUGAAUGACGGUCCAAGCCAAUGAAACAAUCAACUGCAUUUGGGAAAUAACACUUAUCUGAAAAUACUAAGAAGAUAAUUCUAAAUGUCUGUCAAAUGGCAAACUAUUCCCUAUGUGUAGUGCACUGCUUUUGUAUAUUUAGUAGCCAAGGUGUUUCCCUGAGCCUUCGUUAGUAACGUGGCUCUUAAAAACCUUUGCACAUCUACGAGUGAUCCAGACUACUCCUGGAGCAGUCAAAGUGCAUUGUUGGAUGCAUUGCCCUUCCGCGUCACAUUUAUUCACAGAUCUCCGCUAAAAAUAUCCUAAACAUCAUGAUUCUAUUGGUCUGACUGUAACUGCCGAUAACUUCAGAAGGACGUUAGUUGACUACAAAUACAAAGUUGCCAAAGUAUUUCUAAUUGUUGCAAACAAAUCAAAACCCGAGAUUAUUACACAGAUUAUUACAUGGACUACAGAGCCUAAUUAGGCUAUUUCAAUCUUAUUGAAAUCAAUUUCAUGUUUAAUCAAUUGAGUUCUAGCUUGCGACUAGGCUACAGUUUGUAAUGUUUGCCUCUGUGUGACAACGUAUGUAAUGAUAUGCCCAAUCUAUGAUUUCGUGCAUUAUUAUAAGCAUAAUAAACCGUGUCGCCUUCAAUAGCCAUAGGUGGUGAUCUCUCUCUAUGAGCUGAUCUGUCUGUCAUCAGUAUUGUGGGAUAAUUAUGUUAAAAUAAGGUUUGAAUGGAGAAAGCUGAUCCGAGCGCUGUUUUUCUUUCUAUCCUAUCAGUAUCGACACAUAGUCUUAAAACGCAUUUAGCACACGUUCUCUUUACGUACUUGUUUGGUAAACACUUAAAAUUGGCUCGUCAAUUACGAGGCAUCAUGACGCAGUUUUGGCACUUUCAGAGAAAGACAAUAUAAUGCAGUAAAGAGAGAAGUCUACAUGGAAUAAUAACACUAUGGAAUAAUCAUUACCACACUCUGAAAACAUGUAUGUGAAAUGAAUGUGUUUGAGUUCACAAAUAAACUUAACUAUUUGAUAAA